AUGCCUGUGCUUGCCUUACCCUUCUACAUGCCGCCCCUCAUCAUCUCAUACCGGCAACCUUGUCUCUGCUCCUCUUGCAGCCGCCUGCACUACAACUACUUUUUCCCACUUUCUUUGGCCGAUCAUCGCGUUUGCCCGCUUCUUAUAGCGCCUCCCACCCCUCUCUCGCUGCUCUCUUCCUUGGCCAGUGGCGUUGCCAGCAACUACCUUACAGGCACCGUGCCGGCACUCUCCAGCGGUCUUCGCACGCUGGACGUGCGAUACAACUUCCUCACGGACGUGCCAGCAGUCACCUACACGUACUGUGGCGGCAACAACAACUGCCUGCUCACGCCCUCCAAGUGCGCCACCGCUGGCUCCACUCAGAGGCCUACGGCGGACUGUGCCAUCUGCGGCACCACCAACGCCGUGGGCCCCUUCUGCACUGCCUCAGGAGAGGUGUGCAUGCCGGACGCGGCUGCAAAUGUUGCCGCGGGCACUGUGAAUGCGCCGGUGCUUCCCUUGCUCUUCAUGGGCAACCUGGAAUCUGCAAAACUCGUGCGCAAGAGCUUCCCCUCAGACAUCUCUAAGCUCACGACUCUUACCGGCCUAUCCAUGCAGUGGCUGCGAUGCAACUACCUCACGGGCACGCUCCCAGCGAGCAUAACCAACUUUAAGUCUCUGGACAUUGGUCUGAACUUCUUUGCUGGGGUCAUGCCGUCCCCAUCCUGGAAGCUUUGCAGUGCCUACUACAACUGCUUCUCUAACCUGGGCAACUGCGCUUGGCAAGCGAGGGUUGCAGGCCAGUGCAGCAUCUGCGGCAGCACUGACUGCACGGGCACGCUGUGCGGACCCGGGAAGGCGUGUUUGCCGCAGGACGCUAGUGCUCUGAUCGCGGCUGGGACGUUGAAUGUGGGGCAAACGAACCCAGCUUGCAUGGACGUGCCCAUGACCAUCCACCCCGUUGACGCCGCCGCCCUGCUGAACAUCAAGAGCACGCUGGGUGUGACGUACACCACGUGGACCGCCACCAGCCCGUGCCGCCUGUUUGGAAGCUUGGUGGGCUUCCCGGGCGAAUGGGAAGGGCUCUGGUGCAACGGCGACGGCAAGGCUCUCCUAUUCAUAAUAACUCAUCUGCCCUCUUGCAUUCGGUGUCACACGUGGGGUGGGGUGGGCCCAAUCCCUUCCUUGCAUCAGUGCUGUGGACGGCCUGGGCCUCAAGGGCCUCUCUCACCUCCUUUUCCUCACCUCACCUGCGCCCUCUGCACGCCCCCUCUUCCUUCUGCUCGCCCCCUUUGCCCUCUGCACGCCCCCCUUUGCCUUCUGCUCGCCCCCUUUGCCCUCUGCUCGCUCCCCCUUUUCCUUCUGCUCGCCCCCUUUGCCCUCUGCUCGCCCCUCCCCCGCAGGUCGCUGACGUCCAACUUCUUCAACUACCGCAUCGACUCCUUUACCUCAAGCAUGAAAGCCUUGCCCAAUCUGGUCGACAUGUGA